AGAUCCAGGAAUCUUCUCGAGUGGGAAAAAUAUCGUGUCUUAAGAAACAAAGUUGUCAGUAUGAGAAGAAAAGCUGUACAGGGCCACUUCAAAACACUUUGUAAGGAGAAAUACGCAGGUCAAAGAAAAUUCUGGAACACAAUUAGACUGUAUAUUAAUUCACGUAAGAAAAAGAACAAUAGCCGUAUUGUUCUUAAGGAGAACGAUCAGAUAAUGCGGGAGCCACGUGAAGUUGCAGAAACUUUGAACGAUUUCUUUUCAAACAUUGUUGGCACUGAUAAAACAACUGAACGCAUGAAGGAUUUCACACAUUUUCCACACGACUCCGCCAGCGGCCAGAUCACC